AUGUCCGAGCCCGCCUCAAAGCGCCGUCGGACUGAGUCAGAAGAAGGAGGAUCCGACUCUGAGACACAGAAGCCAUUCUUGUUCAUGAACUCGGUCCAACGAUCCAAGUACUGGUUCGACGACGGCAAUGUGGUCCUGCGGGCCGAGGGCACGCUGUUUCGCGUCCAUUGCUCAAUGAUGGCACACCAGUCCAAGGUGUUCAAGGACAUGUUUGGUAUGCCACAGCCCCAAGAGCAGACGCAGGACGUGAUGGUCGAGGACUGCCCCGUUAUUACUCUUGGAGACACGGGUGAAGAUGUGGAACAUAUCCUCGCCGUAUUUUACGAUAACAUCAAUGCCCUUGAUUUGCGUCAAAAGAUGCAUUUUUCUCAACUGUCUGCCUUCCUCAGGUUGGGGAAGAAGUAUGAGAUCGAAUAUUUGCAGAACGAAGCUUUGAAGCUUCUGCGACUAGACUUUCCGGCUACCUUAGACGCCUAUGACAAAACAUUCGCAGGAGACCAGGUCAAAUACGAUUUCCCUCGUGAAUGUGGACCUUUCACGCCUGUGAUCCUCCUUGCUCUUGAUCACUCUAUCCCUUCGGUGUUGCUGUCCGCGUAUUUGACCUAUGUGUCGAGUGUCACACCCCGAGAACUCUUCACAGGGAAAGAGGGGGACAUUCUGACCUCUUCCAUCACGGCUAUUUGUGCCCUAGACCGUGACAGGCUGCUUCGUUGCGCCUUUAAUAUAAUUCAAACAUGGUGGGCUGGUCUAGGUGCCUGUUCGAAUAAUUCGAACUCGUGCACGAAUAACAGGCGAUCGGCCACCAAAGAGCUCGCCUUGAUGCUUUAUCCAUCAGACACAGGAAUGGCCCCGAGGUUAACGCCGUGGAAUGUGUAUGAAGGUGGCGAACGUACAGGUCCCAUGAAGACUAGGUUAUGUGCAACAUGCAUGACGGGUUUCAAAGAUCGCUACGAGGAUGCCCGCAAAGAACUUUGGAAGAAAUUACCUGGUUUUUUUGGACUCGAAGAAUGGGAGAAGCUCAAGGAUUUUGAUGCUUGA